CGGGUUGACACAGUCCGGCUGCCCCUUGGGUUAAGACUGUCGACUUGUAAACUACUUGCUAAUUGCAUAUGGGCAGAUAAAGUCUUCGAUGAUGCGCGGGAGCUGGCAACUUACGCAGGUUUUGAAGGUGCUGCUGUUUCAAACGGCCCUCAAUGUAAACCGAGUUGUAAUCGGAGCAAGAGAAGAUCGUGUGAACGGAAUACUGGGUGAAUCGGUUUUAUUGCGCAUUGAGCAAACCUCAGGAACACCCGUACGUAAAAUAACCUGGGAAAAGGGGAGUCGUGCAUUUCUAACCUGCGAGAUGAAUCGGUGUAAAGUGUACACCAGGCAGAAAACACGAGUGCAGUGUUUCCCUGAUUGUUCCUUGAAACUAUCGGGCCUGUUGGGCGACGACAGCGGGAUGUAUGAGGCUAAACUCAUUUCGGCAAACGGGGGGGUUGAAACCCAAAUCAUCUACCUCGAUGUUCUUGUUCCAGUUUCGCUUCCGACCAUCACGGUCCGCAGGGAUAACUCGAGCAUCCAUCACAGUUUGACCUUAACUUGCAACAUAACGGGAGGAAGUUUGCCUCAGUAUUUCUGGGAGAAAGACGCGCAGCAAUUGCCAGGAAGCCCUCGCCAUACCUUGAUUAACGGCAACAGCAGCAUAUCGAUUCACAACUUCACCAACGCUGACUGUGGGACCUACACCUGCACAGUCCGCAAUAGCAUCAGCAAACACAGAUCUCAACGGACUCUCUUUGGUGAGGAUAGCUUGGAAUGUGCGACAUCAGGUUAUCUACUUACAAUAAUCGCCGCAGCUACUUGUUUGGUAGGGCUUGUUCUAAUCAUUCUCCUCUUCAAUAAGAGAACGGCCUGCAAGACAGGCAUCCGAAUUUGGCUCUCACGGAUAUCAGGCAAGAAGGAAGAACAGCAAAUUGUCAACGAAAGAACGUGUUUUGACGUGAGUAAGGAGGACGGAGGUGGCCAAUACAUUUUCAUCUGUUUUCCUGAAAGUGUGCAACGGACGGAGAGAAUUCAACCACAGAAUGGCCUUGUCGAUUUCUCUUCUCGACCUCAGUCUUUCCCACUUUACGCGCGACUCAGGGAGAGAAUAUUCGCCGAGAAGGCAAAACAUCGCGACAGGAAAUGA